UGCACGUCUUCCUCGACGGUCCCGGUUAUUCCUUCCACAAAUAGAGCACAACAACGCGACAUAGCGUUUUGCUGAUGUAAGCAAAUACUUCCGCCUCUGUUGACGUCGUUUACAUACUCGAACGUGGGGAUCCAACUGGAUCUCCCGAAGCUCUCCAAUUGCAACCCACCUGACACUCGCAGAGGCCGCAAUAACAGGUCGAACUUCAGUUGGGCGCGUACCGUCGUGCUCAUAACAUGCCCCCUCAUGUGGACGUGGUCGUAGUUUUCCGUGCCAUCCAGAAAGGAGCUAGCUUUUCUAAAGAGCAAGUGCGCCAGAAUGCUAUCAAGGCGGAAAAACAGUAUUCUAAGCUCAUUGAUACACUCACUCGAGCUGGCCUCAAAGCUGUUGGGAGACGCGGAGAGAGCCAGGGUCAAGUGCUUGUAAUGGUGACUUGCCCGCAGAACGUGCUUGCGAACCUUAUCCGUUGUGAACGAAACUCGGACUUUCUGUAUGGUCUUCCAAUGUCCAAGUUGCCAUCCACGAAUGAAUUCGAAUGCGCUCCACUAUCUCCUGCUGAUCGUAUCCGUUUGAUUCAUGGAUUCAUUUCCUCUACUCCCGAAGACAGAGGCUUAGGUAUCAUUCCAGGACGAAAGGAGUGGGAUCUCGUGGAGUCUGUAAUGGUACUUCACGAUCACGACUUCAAUGACCACUGGAUACGCCUCUGGACACGGCACCGGAUAGCAAGCGUGGAACUUGAAAAGAUUAGAGACCAGUUCGGAGAUUCCAUUGCGCUCUACUUUUUCUUCCUUACAGCAUACACGCACGCUCUCAUCUUUCCCGCGGCACUUGGCGCUAUCUUUUAUUUCAUCGGGACACCCUACUCUGCUUUAUAUUCCACUUUGCUCGUGUUGUGGUCAAUUGCGUUCGUCGAAUGGUGGAGACUGCAAGAACGUAUCCUGUCCGUCAGGUGGUGUACUCGUGGUUCGUGGCGCGUGGAAAAGCGGAGGGUUGAUUAUAUCCCGAGCUUCCCCUGGUGGAAGCAGGAGACGCGCAUGUUGGCUAGCAUACCAGUCAUCCUACUUUUUGCAACUAUCCUUGCGGUUAUAUUGACUGGCAUAUUCGUCCUGGAAGCUUUUGUGACUGAGCUUUACAAGGGUCCUGGUCACAGAUAUGUGGCUUUCACUCCAACGAUACUUUUCUCACUUCUUGUUCCUCGGUUACUCAACAUGUACCAGAAAUACGCCAGUAGUUUCACGGAUUGGGAAAAUCAUGAGCAUCAGUCGAGUCAUAGCAGCUCUCUUUCAUUGAAGGUCUUCACGCUCUCGGCGAUGAACGCCUAUCUUGGUCUUGCGCUGUCCGCAUUCGUCUACGUCCCAUUCGGCGAAAGUGUCAUGCACUUUGUCCAAUCCCACCUGUUCAUAGAAGGCCAUCGGGCCUUGGCUUUAUUGGAGAAAUUCAACGUCAAUUUUAACGCCACGUCGCAUUUCGGCGCCGGAGGAGGCGGUGGAAAGAAAGUCGGCGCGGCUGAACUCAGUUUAUGGGAGUCGGAUAGGAGUAACGCGCGACGCAAGUUGAAGUCAUCGAGGCUUCAAGAGCAGAUGUUCGCCUUUACGGUUACAAACCAAGUGGUGGACACCUUUACGGAGAUUGGCUUGCCAUAUAUCCUCCGUGCCGUAGAGUCGUUCCGCAAUGGGAAAGGUUUUCGCAAUGGUAGCGGAAGGGGACAUGGGAAGAAAAAGCGGGUGGCGUUUGAUGAUGAACCUGUGGGCCAGGAUACUCAUGGUAGAGAGGAACGUGAAUUCCUCGAGCGCGUCCGGAGUGAAGUGGCGCUACCAGAGUAUGAGGUGUUCUCGGACUACAGCGAGAUGGUAACGCAAUUUGGCUACGUCGCUCUUUGGUCGACGAUAUGGCCGCUUGCACCAGUGAUGGCGCUUCUCAAUAACUACAUUGAAGCGCGCUCUGACGCGUUCAAAAUCGCGGUGCACACCCGACGACCGAUACCUGUUCGGACAGAUACGAUAGGUCCAUGGCUCGAGUCCCUAUCAUUUCUAACAUGGUUGUCGGUUCUCACGAAUUCUGCUCUGGUAUAUCUCUUCCGUCCCCGUGGUCAACAGGAGCACUCGUUGGGGACCAUGAUGAAUGCGACUGUAACUGAGGAAUCGCAGCACCUGAAGCAUCACCGACCUAAUGGUCUUGCUGCAACCCGAGAACUUCUAAUGUCUGCCCUGUUAAUCGCGUUGUUGGCGUCCCAUGGCUAUCUCGUGAUACGUGCCGCCAUCCGACAUCUCUUGGACCGUGCCAUAUGGACAGGAAGCAAGGAGAUGAAAGAGGCAGAAUGCGUGGAGCUAGAGAUGAAGGAGAAAUACCUGAGUAGCCUCGGGCAGUGUGCACCUGGUGAAAAUGUGGCGUUGGAACACGAAAUCACUGGCGACAAGGAUGAAUGGGCCAAUUUUUGGACACUGGACGAGGGGAUGGCUGAUAUAGAGAAGAUGGUAAAAGAUGCUUGAUUCACGGGUUUGAGGGUUGAGAUAAUAUUUAUUUGGCACAGUGGACUUGGCCUUCUUGUUGGCGUUUUCACUUUUUGAGCGCGAAGUCUUUGUUGCAUCUCAGCCCUUGUACAACAGGCUGCGCAUAGCAUCAGGAGUCCUAUCUCCGGGCCAUUCGGACUAGUAUUGGACAGACCGUCAUUGAUGCUUUUCAAUGCAUGUCGAUCCGGAAGACCAGCGAAGACGACGAAUUCGGAACAGAAAGCAUGGGCCCUUUAUUGUACUCGGGCUUUGCUCCAUCAACACAUUGCAAUCCAACGCUUUCACGCAGUUGUUCUGGCUUCAAGCAUCAGUCUUACUAUCAGAGAACUUCGCGCAAUAUAUAUAUAAAGUAUUCUGAUCA